UUUUGUUUAAUGAAUUUGUGUUGUAAUUUAUGUAUUAUUAUUAUUUGCAAAUAAAUCCGUCUGAAAAUCCGGCGACGAUGGAAGUAGCAUUCACCGGCGACUCCGUCAUUGACGGCGGAGACGGCGGUGGUGUAUCGAAAUCGCUUGCAGUGAUUGCGUGCACUGCGAUGGCGAUUUUGUAUGUUGCGAUUUUAUAUGCUCCGACGUUGAUUCUCCGAUUACCACCGCCAGAUUCGUUUCAAUCGCAUUUGAUCCGACGGUUCAUAUGCGCUGCAAUUUCAUCUGUUGCCUCACUUAUUGCUUGCUCUCUUAUCCUCCCUAUUCAGUGGGGUAAAUCUCACCUUUCAGGUGUUUAUGGCAUCAGAUUGGAUCAUAUCUGGCAAGCUGUCGUCUUUCCGCUUACAUUGACUUCCUUAAUGUACGCUGGCACCUUCAUCCUCAAGCUGUUAUUGUUGCUAGACUCGGGCCAAGAAGAUGGGGGAAAUGGAAGAAGCCUGUCACUUGACAGUAUUAAAAAUGUUGUCCAUGAAUUUAUUGAAUCGGUCUCUUCAAUGGCGUCCGAUAUUUCAGCAUGGCGUAAUUUUUUUGUGGCCCCACUUACAGAAGAGCUGGUAUUUAGAGCUUGUAUGAUACCUUUGCUUCUUUGUGGAGGAUUCAACACCUAUACAGUGGUGUUUCUCUGUCCUAUAUCUUUCAGUUUAGCUCAUUUAAAUCACUUGUUAGAAUAUGCUCAACGAAGCGGCAGCUGGCUCAAAGCUCUUACGAUUGUAGGCUUCCAGGUCGGCUACACGGUCAUCUUUGGAUCCUAUGCUUCAUUUCUCUUUGUUCGGACAGGGCAUCUUACCGCUCCACUAGUUGCUCAUAUUUUUUGCAACUAUUUUGGCAUACCUGUAAUAAUUUCACGGAGGACAGGAAUGGUAACAGUGGCAUCUGUAGCUGGGUUGCUAGGUUUCAUCUGGCUUCUUUUUCCACUCACAAGUCCUAAUUUGUACAAUACGACAACAGAUAAUUGCAUGUGUUGGCAUAGAUAUUGUAGUUGGAGCUAAGUUUCUCAACUCCUAGAAGAUUUAUCAAGGCUAAAAAAGACUCCUAAAUCCAAUGUAACAUGAGUAAGAUGGAAAUUAUUUUCAUUUUCGAUUGUAUUCGUAUUUUAUUUUUUCGUUUAGACCUUUGUUUAGCAAGCAUUGUCUUGUCCUAUGAAAAAAUCUGUAAGGAAGUUCAUCAUCAAUUUAGUUUGAGACAUUUGCUUGAUA